AUGUGCCAGCUCCGCCCCACCACCAAACUUGUUCGGCGCAAAAAGUGGCAGGGAAAUCGGGCCACCUCGAACUUCACAAUCGUCAGCGUCACCAAAAUCCGUCAAGACUUCGUGAAGACCCUGACGGGCAAGACCAUCACCCUUGAGGUCGAGUCUUCGGACACUAUUGACAAUGUCAAGUCCAAGAUCCAGGACAAAGAGGGCAUCCCUCCGGACCAGCAACGCCUGAUCUUCGCUGGAAAGCAGCUUGAGGACGGCCGCACCCUGUCCGACUACAACAUCCAGAAGGAGUCGACCCUGCACCUGGUCCUCCGCCUCCGUGGUGGUAUCAUUGAGCCCUCGCUCAAGGCCCUCGCCUCCAAGUUCAACUGCGACAAGAUGGUUUGCCGCAAGUGCUACGCCCGCCUUCCUCCCCGUGCCACCAACUGCCGUAAGCGCAAGUGCGGACACACCAACCAGCUCCGCCCCAAGAAGAAGCUCAAAUAG